AAAUUUCUCGACGUUUUGCAUAACCGAAUUUGGGCCUCUAUUUUGACUUUGCAACACAACUCACUUCUCUCUCUCUCUCUCUCUUUCUCUCUCCACCAUUUAGUGACAAACCCAAUGCUCAAAACCAGUGACAGAGAAGACAUGAGGUUGUUUUUGGCACUUCUGCAUUGUCAAAGUCUGAGAAUUUAGAUUCUGUUUCUCUGGGUUUUUUUGUUAUUUACUGGUAGUCACCAAUUUUUAUUCAAGCUUUUGGAGAUAUAUACUGAAUAAAGGUCUAGAAGUUAGAGUAUCUUUUGCUAUCCAUGGCUAUGAAGCCAUCAAAUAACAUAUGGAUUCGACGCCAGCAGUGCCCCUGUGGGGAUUGGAAGUGCUAUAUUAAGCAUGAAGGAGAUGAUCAGAUAUCAGUGAGCUCUAAUAUUGUAAAGAAUGAGACACCAUCAACAUCAUCAUCAACGGAAGUUGUCUUCACACCAUAUGUUGGUCAAAUUUUUAGAAGCGAUGAUGAUGCUUUUGAGUACUACAGCAACUUUGCUCGGAAGAAUGGAUUUUCAAUCAGGAAAGCACGGUCAACUGAAAGCCAAAAUUUAGGGGUUUAUAGACGAGAUUUUGUUUGCUAUCGAUCUGGAUUUAAUCAACCGAGAAAAAAGGCUAAUGUGGAGCAUCCCAGGGACCGGAAAUCUGUUCGUUGUGGAUGUGAUGCAAAAUUGUAUCUUACAAAGGAAAUUGUAGACGGUGUUACUCAAUGGUACAUAUCACAGUUUAGCAAUGUUCAUAAUCAUGAAUUAUUGGAAGAUGACCAAGUGCGAUUGCUACCUGCAUAUCGGAAAAUACAGGAGGCUGAUCAAGAACGCAUUCUUUUGCUAUCCAAAGCAGGUUUUCCUGUUAAUCGGAUAGUGAAGGUGUUGGAGCUAGAAAAGGGCGUCCAACCUGGACAGCUGCCCUUUAUAGAGAAGGAUGUUAGGAAUUUUGUUCGGACUUGUAAGAAGACUGUGCAAGAAAAUGAUGCUUUACUGACAGAGAAGAGAGAGAAUGAUACCUUUGAACUCCUCGAGGCCUGUAAGGCUAUGGCAGAGAGGGAUGCAGAUUUUAUUUAUGAUUAUACCAUGGAUGAAAAUGGAAAGGUUGAAAAUAUUGCAUGGUCCUAUGGUGACUCUGUUCGUGCAUAUACAGUAUAUGGUGAUGUAGUUACUUUUGACACCGCAUAUCGUUCUAUUACAUAUGGAUUGCUCCUAGGAGUGUGGUUUGGCAUGGAUAAUCAUGGGAAAACAAUUGUAUUUGGAUGUGUUUUAUUGCAAGAUGAAAGUUCACAUUCCCUCGGAUGGGCUUUACAGAGUUUUGUCCGCUUUAUGCAAGGAAGACAACCACAGACAAUUAUAACAGAUAUAGAUUCAGGUCUUAGGGAUGCAAUAGCAAGGGAGUUGCCGAACACUAAACAUAUUAUAUGCAUAUGGCACAUCCUGUCCAAAUUAUCCAGCUGGUUCUCUUUGGCUUUGGGGUCACAGUUUGAAGAUUUUAAAGCUGAAUUUGAUAUGUUAUGUCACCUUGAAACUGUAGAAGAUUUUGAGCAGCAGUGGAAUCUUUUAGUUGCUAGAUUUGGUUUUGCUUCAGAUAAGCAUAUGGCUCUACUCUUUUCAUAUCGAGGAUCUUGGUCAAUUUCUUAUAUUAGAGGUUACUUCGUGGCUCGUACCAUGUCAGCUGAGUUUUCACAAUCUUUGGAUAUAUUCUUAAAACGAAUCUUGAGUGGACAAACAUGUUUGCAAGUAUUUUUCGAGCAGGUUAGUAUAGCUGUCAACUUUGAAAAUCAAAGCAGAGAUGGGAUGCAGUACAUGCAUAUCAAGACAUGCAUGCCUAUUGAAGAACAUGCGCGGUGUAUUCUCACACCUUAUGCCUUUAAUGUGUUCCAGAAUGAAAUUGUUUUGUCCAUGCAGUAUGGAGUGCAAGAAAUGUCAGACGGAUCAUACCUGGUGCGGCACUACAAGAAAAUGGAUGGAGAAUAUCUUGUUUGGAUAGCAGCAGAUGAGCAAAUUCAUUGUUCUUGUAAGGAAUUUGAACAUUCUGGAAUAUUAUGUAGGCACUCUCUCCGUGUACUUGCAGUCAAGAAUUACUUUCAGCUCCCUGAAAAAUUUUAUCCCCUUCGUUGGCGACGAGAGCAUUCUUUGGUAGCUAUGGAUGAUCAAAAUGCUCAAAGCAACGGCAAUGAAUGUGCUCAAGCCUUUCAUUCUCUUGCUUCAACUCUAUUAACAGAAGCAUUGGCAUCCAAGGAACGCUUUACUUAUGUUCAUAGAGAACUGACAGGACUCCUUGAUCAUGUUAGAAGUAUGCCAGUGACAGAAGAAUUCUCUGUCAGUAUGGCCAAUAACAAUAUCAGUGAAUCUUAGCUUUGGUAACAUAUCAAUUGCAGGUUAGUAUAUGGUUGGAACCCCUUGUAAGCAUGUGGUUUAAUUCGAUACAACGCUCAAAACCUUACCAGCCCUCAACAUUAGCAUACAGUUGGAACCCCUUGCAUUCAAAGAGUUUGGGGAUAACUGGAAGAGCAAGCACAGUUGCGUCAAAGGUAUAAAAGCAAGAAAUUAAUGUCUGUCCAUAAUUUGCACUUUCAGUAUUCGCAAACAAAUUAGGGUGGUGAAACACAAAUUUUUGGUUUUUCUCCACUUGCCGUCACAGAAUUCAUGACUGGUCAUUUACGUUCUCCAUUUGCUUUAUAUAAUUUUUAUAGUUGCAUAUUGCUUUAUAUCUGUGAAAUCCUUAUCACUCGCUGCUGGUGCAAAAUGUAAGAUGCAUUUUUUUCACACAUUUCUUUCAUGAAAAAGUCGAAAAGUAAUAAAUGUUGAAAAAUGUACUUCUCGAUUCCACUGGUAAUGAACUUUUUUAGUCA